GCGGUGUGGUCCCUUGACUGACUUGCACUCAGGAUUCUCCGGUACUAGCCUAGACUGAUGCCUCUGGCUUCUCAGUCCGCUUUUCUCCCCUUGGUCCGGGGUUCAGUCCGGUAAAACUGGACUGGGCGGUGAGAUCGCUCAGCGGGUAAAGGUGCUUGCCGAGUAUGAGGGCCUCAGUUCUAACCUUGGUUCACGCAUCAUGGAGGGCGAGGCCCCACUCCCAGACACCCACAAGUUUUCCUCGGACCACCGCACGAGCUCAGUGGCACGUGGCCAUCCCGCCUCCUCCCAAAAAAGUGAAAAAAAAAAAAUCAAAAAAUUCACCAUGUCUAUUCUCAAGAUCCAUGCCAGAGAGAUCUUUGACUCUCGAGGAAAUCCCACUGUGGAGGUUGAUCUCUACACCUCAAAAGGUCUCUUCCGAGCUGCUGUGCCCAGUGGUGCCUCAACUGGUAUCUAUGAGGCCCUGGAACUCCGGGACAAUGAUAAGACACGCUACAUGGGAAAGGGUGUCUCAAAGGCUGUUGAGCACAUCAAUAAAACUAUUGCACCUGCUCUGGUUAGCAAGAAACUGAAUGUCGUAGAACAGGAGAAGAUCGACAAACUGAUGAUUGAAAUGGAUGGGACUGAAAAUAAAUCUAAGUUUGGUGCAAAUGCCAUCCUGGGAGUAUCCCUGGCUGUCUGCAAAGCUGGUGCUGUAGAGAAGGGCGUGCCCCUGUACCGACACAUCGCCGACCUGGCUGGUAACCCCGAAGUCAUCCUGCCAGUCCCGGCUUUCAACGUGAUCAACGGUGGUUCCCACGCUGGCAACAAGCUGGCCAUGCAGGAGUUCAUGAUCCUCCCCGUGGGUGCUUCCAGCUUCCGGGAAGCCAUGCGCAUUGGAGCGGAGGUCUACCACAACCUGAAGAAUGUCAUCAAGGAGAAAUAUGGAAAAGAUGCCACCAAUGUGGGUGAUGAAGGCGGGUUUGCACCCAACAUCCUGGAGAACAAAGAAGCCUUGGAGCUGCUGAAGAACGCAAUUGGGAAGGCUGGCUACACUGACAAGGUUGUCAUCGGCAUGGAUGUAGCUGCCUCUGAGUUCUUCAGGUCUGGCAAAUACGACUUGGACUUCAAGUCUCCUGAUGACCCCAACAGGUACAUCUCGCCUGACCAGCUGGCUGACCUGUAUAAGUCCUUCAUCCGAGACUAUCCAGUGGUGUCCAUUGAAGACCCCUUUGACCAGGAUGACUGGGAAGCUUGGCAGAAGUUCACGGAUAGUGCAGGCAUCCAGGUUGUUGGGGAUGAUCUCACAGUGACCAACCCAAAACGAAUUGCUAAGGCUGUGGCCGAGAAGUCCUGUAACUGCCUCCUGCUCAAAGUGAACCAGAUCGGCUCUGUGACCGAGUCUCUGCAGGCGUGCAAGCUGGCACAGUCUAAUGGUUGGGGUGUCAUGGUGUCCCAUCGCUCUGGUGAGACCGAGGAUACCUUCAUUGCCGACCUGGUGGUGGGACUCUGUACUGGGCAGAUUAAGACUGGUGCACCUUGCCGAUCCGAGCGUCUGGCCAAGUACAAUCAGAUCCUCAGAAUCGAGGAGGAACUGGGCAGCAAGGCCAAGUUUGCCGGCAAGUCCUUCAGAAACCCCCUGGCCAAGUAAACGAUGGUCAGCUAUUCCUGGAGCCCUCAGUCACACUGGCUGCUUAGACCAUGUCCCUGAUAUCAAGGCUACUCGAGGCCGGCCUGGUGUUUGUCAGGUCUCUGUAGUUAGCUCCCUCUCCUGCCACUGCUUCC